AUACAUAAUAGAGAGAGAGAUCUUUUAUUCUGUAACCUUAAAUGAAAAUAAACGAAACAAAUUUAAUAGAGAAUCAUCAAUAUUUUGAAUUAAAGAGAAUUAGCAAGUAAAUUAAUUCAUCAUAAUCACACGGUUUCGCCGCCGAGGGAGGAAGCAAAUCGUUUUUUUCGACAUUCCGAUGAUGGAAGAGACGGCGGAGAUCAUCGGAAAAAGUAGCUUGCAUAAGAACGUCCACAAUCACAACCGUUACAGAUACCUCUCCAGUUACGGUGGAAGCUCCUCCGUACGGCGUUUUCUCUUCUUCGUCUCCUGCUUCGGUCUAUACGCUUUGGUGGCCUUAACGUACGCGUGGCUCGCGUUUCCACCGCAUAUAGGACGUACGGAUCAUGUCUCGACGUCUUCGCUAGGUUGCAGAGAGGACAAUGAGGGUUCAUGGUCUGUUGGCGUUUACUAUGGCGAUUCUCCCUUCACUCUCAAACCUAUUGAAACCGUUAAUGUAUGGAGGAACGAGAGUGCAGCAUGGCCUGUGGCUAACCCUGUUUUAACAUGUGCCUCUUUGACCAAUUCUGGUUUCCCAAGCAACUUUAUAGCUGACCCCUUUCUCUAUGUUCAGGGUGAUACUCUUUACCUCUUCUUUGAAAACAAAAACCCAAUCACACUGCAAGGGGAUAUAGGAGUUGCUGAGAGUACAGACAAAGGAGCAACUUGGAAGCCUCUUGGUAUAGCUUUGGAUGAGGCUUGGCACUUGUCUUUCCCAUUUGUCUUCAACUACAACGGACAAAUAUACAUGAUGCCGGAGAGCAGCCAGAUAGGAGAGCUUCGUCUCUACCGUGCUAUCAACUUCCCCUUAACUUGGAAGCUGGAGAAAGUCAUCUUACAAAAGCCUCUUGUCGACUCCACUAUUAUCCACCACCAAGGAAACUACUGGCUACUCGGAUCAGAUCACAGUAGCUUCGGAACCAAGAAGAACGGCCAGCUAGAAAUUUGGUACAGCACCACUCCUCUCGGCCCAUGGAAACCACACAAGAAGAAUCCUAUCUACAACGGCAAAAGAAACGUCGGUGCGAGAAACGGAGGCAGAGGGUUCUUACACGAUGGUAAUCUCUACCGUGUUGGUCAAGAUUGCGGCGAGAAUUACGGGAAAAGGAUACGCAUAUUUAAAAUAGAGACUCUUUCCAAGGAAGAGUACAAAGAAGUCGAAGUACCCUUCGAUUUAGAAGUCCCCCGUAAAGGUAGAAACUCUUGGAACGGAGUUAGGCAGCAUCAUUUCGAAGUGCGUCAGCUAAGUUCCGGUGGAUACGUUGGUCUUGUUGACGGCGACCGUGUAACUUCAGGAGAUCUAUUUCAUCGAGUUUUACUCGGAUAUGCAUCUCUCGCUGGUUCUAUCACAUUGGUAGUGUUACUCGGGUUUUUGCUUGGGGUUGUGAACUGCAUUGUUCCAUCGACAUGGUGUAUGAACUACUACGCUGGGAAAAGAACCGAUGCGCUCUUCAAUCUAGAAACUGAUGGUUUCUUCUCGGAGAAGCUAAGACGGAUGUGUUCUCGGUUAAAUCGAGUACCUCCCUUUCUGAGAGGACUCGUGAAGCCUAGCUCUAGGUUAGGAAGAUUAGCACUCGGUUUGAUACUCCCCGUAGGAGUCUUUCUCUCAUGUCUAGGCGUCAGUUACAUAUACGGUGGAAGCGGAGCUGUUGAGCCUUACACUUUCAAAGGCCACGCGUCUCAGUUCACGUUAGCAACUAUGACUUACGACGCACGUCUCUGGAACCUCAAAAUGUACGUGAAACACUACUCACGAUGUGCUUCUGUUAAAGAGAUCGUUGUCAUAUGGAACAAAGGGCAUCCUCCUGAGCCCACCGAGCUAGACUCCGCCGUGCCGGUCAGAAUCCGAGUCGAGAAAAGGAACUCUCUCAACAACAGGUUCAGUAUCGACCCGUUGAUUACAACCAGAGCCGUUCUGGAGCUCGACGACGAUAUAAUGAUGUCCUGCGAUGAGAUCGAAAAGGGGUUUAGGGUUUGGCGGGAGCACCCGGAGAGACUGGUGGGAUUCUACCCGCGUUACGUUGACCAGAGCAUGACUUAUAGCGCGGAGAAAUUCGCGAGGAGUCAUAAGGGGUACAAUAUGAUUUUAACCGGAGCGGCGUUUAUGGACGUUGGUUUCGCGUUUGGGCUGUACCAGUCGGAGAGGGCGAGGCUUGGUCGGGAGUUCGUGGACGAGCAGUUUAACUGCGAAGACGUUCUGUUGAAUUUCUUGUACGCGAACGCGAGUGGUUCGGCGAAGGCGGUGGAGUAUGUGAGGCCGUCGGCUUUGGUGCUUGAUACUUCGAAGUUUUCGGGCGUGGCGAUAAGUGGGAACACGGAUCAGCAUUACAGGAAGAGAAGCGAGUGUCUACGGAGAUUCUCGGAGUUGUACGGGACCUUGUCUGAUCGGAGGUGGGAGUUCGGUGAAAGAAGAGAUGGGUGGGAUUUGUAGAAAGAGGGAGUUGUUAACUUGUAAGUCAAGCAAGUAGUUUUUUUCAAAUAAGUUUUAAAAUAUGAAUUUUGUAGCUCUUUGUUCUAUGAUGUUAAGUUUAGCCUCUGUAUUUCUCAUAUAAUCGUGUUAUUAGAUGUUUAGAAGCUGUUGUAGGGAAAUAGAGAGGUAUGGAAUAUUGGGAAUAUCGUGUU